AUGAGUUCUUAACUUUCAGUAAAUAUCGUUGAGUUUAGAAGUAAAAGUUUAAACAAAAGAAAUCUUUUAUCCUUUUCUGAACAUUAAACAAGAAGAAAAUCAUGUUAUUGUAAUUACUGUGGAAAGAAAAGUCAUUUCUAACAACAACAUGCUCAUUUACCUACAUAAAAAGAAAUUGAUUUGAAGAAUUAAGUAGAUAUUUUAAGGAAAUAAAGCUUAUGUGAUGAAAUUAAGACUGAAAUUCCCAGUGAAUUAAGUCUUAUGGAUAGUGAAAAUGGAAAACUUUUUAGAAACUCAAAUCGUUCAAUAUCUAUUGUUAACAAAUAUUUCAAAGGAUAUAUGAAUUUUGAUUAAAAUAGUCUUGAUGUUCAUACUAAAUUAAAGAGAAGGAGUUGUGAAUGUUCAGAAUGUGGAAAUCUAACAAAAUUUUAAAAGAAAUAUGAAGACUUAUCUUUACCAAGAAGAGAUAAAAAAAUAAAGCAAUUUUUAAUCAAGAAACAUCGUAACUAUCAAAAAGGAACAACCAAAGAAUUUCAAUUAAGUUAGAAAAAAAUAGUAGUAUAAAAAUCAAUCAUUUCUUCUCCAUAAAGCCAGAAAUCAUUCUAAAUAAAAUAAUUUGAUUAAAUUAGAAGAACAUAAGAUAUAAAUAAAUUAGUUUUAAAUCGUAUAUCAACAAGAGAUUUAGAAUAACCAAAAUAAGUUUAAAAUAAAUAUUCUAUAAUUAAUUCUUGUAAACAAUUAGAUUCUCCUUAAUUUACUCAUAGCAAAUCAUAGAGAUAAAUAUAACAUAAACCAACAAUGUCUUUUAGUACGAUUUCUACUUCUAAGUGGAAAUCUUACAAAAAUACAAAAGAAUUUUAAUGA